GGCGAGGAGCGAACUGAAAAAGAGAAAAGGCACCGGGCUGGGACCGGCGGGCGGCGGCGGGGGAACACUGACCCACCCUCCCCAGGKGCUGCCCGAGCAUCGCCGCGGCCACCAAGGGGAAGGGUGGCUUCUACCUUCAACUUGAGCAUCCAUCGGGAGCAAGCAAAGCCCUGGCGAUAAAGAGCUGAGCGAGGCACCAGGAUGCCCUCUCCGCUCUCCUGCUCCCACACGGACCCGGGCAAGGGGGAACGAGGCCAAGGGUCAUGGACACGGGCUGAGCAGCCGCUGUGAGCUGGCCAGGGGCACACGGGCUGGUCCAUGGGACRCUGCUGCCACCUCAGCGCUCCUCGCCCAGGGACCACCCAUGCCACGGGAGGCCUCUGAUGGAAGGGACCUGGAUCAACUGGUACCACACGUGGCUGGGGAGGUCCAUCUCUGGGCAGUUCCUGGAGGAGAUCAUCUCCCACCUGUGCAGGCUGGAGCUCCUGAGGGCCGAGGAGACUGCCCAGGUACGGGCAGUGAGCCCCCUGCCCGAGCAGGUGAGGGCCCUGGAGGCUGUCCUGGCUGGCAAGGGCAUCCACGCCUCACAGUCCCUGCAGAGCUUCAUGGAGAGCUCCAACUGGCAGCUCUACCUUCUCUGUGCAGAUCCCAUGGUGCAGAAGCACCUGGAGAGCCUCCAGCGCUGCUGUGGGAAUGGCCUGGAGGCAGGAGCCCUGCAGCGCCUCACCAACCUGCUGCUGGUGGAAGGACUGACCGACACCCAGCAGCAGGAGCACGACAUCCUGCAGGUUGAAAUCACCAAGGGCCUGCCAAACGCAUCCAGGAGCAUCCCCCUGGAGAAGCUCUUCCUGCCCCUCUCCAAAGUCAGCAUUCCCCCUCGGGUCUCGGUCACCAUCGGCGUGGCCGGCAUCGGCAAGAGCACUCUGGUGAAGCUGUUUGUGCGCACCUGGGCCAAGGGGGAGAUCGGCAGGGACAUCCCACUGGUGCUGCCCCUCACCUUCCGGGAGCUCAACACCCACGAGAAGCUCUCUGCCGAGCGCCUCAUCUGCUUGGCCUUCCCUCACAUCACCGAGCCCGGCUGCAUCUCGGCCGGCGCCGCCCGCACGCUGCUCAUCCUCGACGGCCUGGACGAGUUCAAAACCCCCUUGGAUUUCUCCAAUGCAGUGGUUUGCACAGACCCCAAAARGGAGAUUCAGGUGGACAGCCUGAUCACCAACAUCAUCCGGGGCAACCUGCUGCAGGAGGCCGCCGUGUGGGUCACAUCGCGGCCAGCGGCGGCCAGGCAGAUCCCCGGUGGGCUCGUGGACCGAAUGACAGAAAUCCGAGGGUUUGGGGCUGUGGAGAUGAAGGACUUCUUGGAUCAGAUGUUCCUGGACARCAGGGACCUGUCCAGCCAAGUCCUGCAGCACAUCAGGGCUAACAGGUCACUGCACAUCCUGUGCACCAUUCCUGGCUUUUGCCGGAUUUGCGGCUCCUCAAUCGCUUAUUACCUGAAAAACAGCACUGAUCAGUCCCAGGAGGCAACCGUGGUCCCCAGGACCCUGUCAGAAAUCUACUCCUAUUAUUUCAAAAUGGCUCUGAGUGGCGACUGGCUGGAGAAGCCGAGAGAAGCCCUGAGGAUGGAGCAGGCUGUGAACAGCAGCAAGAAGCUGGUGGGCAGCGUGGGCAGGCUGGCGUUCUACGGGCUGCUGCGCCGCAGACACGUGUUCUACGAGCAGGACAUGAAGGCUCAUGGCAUCGAGCUGGCCCUGCUGCACUGCAGCCUCUCCACCCGCCUGCUGCUCAAGGAGGAYACGCAGACCUCCACAGCCUACUACUUCCCCCACCUGACCGUGCAGGAGUUCCUGGCAGCUCUGUUUUACUACACGGCGGCCAAGCGGGCCAUCUUCGACCUCUUUGCGGAGAGCGGCGUGUCCUGGCCCAAGCUGGGCUUCCUCAGCCAYUUCAGGAGCGCCGUGCACAGGGCGCUGCAGGCCGAGGACAGGCACCUGGACAUCUUCAUCCGCUUCCUCUCGGGGCUGCUGGCCCCGCAGGUCAGCAAGCUGCUGGCGGGGUGGCUGCCGGCCAAGGAUGAGGCCAGCGGGUUCAGGGGCCCGGCCAUCAGCGUCCUGCAGGGCUGCCUGAGCGCCGAGCACACCGUGUCCUCGCGCGCCGUCAACGCCAUGCACUGCCUGAGCGAGAUCCGGCACACCGACAUCGCCGAGGCCGUGGAGGAGGCCAUGAGGAGCGAGAGCCUGGCCGGGAUGCUCACCCCCAGCAACUGCUCUGCCCUGGCCUAUCUGCUGCAGGUGUCUGAUGUCUGCCUGGAGGAGACAAACCUCUCCAACUGCCUCAGCUACAGUGUCUGUAAGAGCCUGCUCCCCCAGCUCCUCUUCUGCCACACCCUCAGGCUGGACAAUAACCAGUUUAAGGACGAUGUGAUGGAGCUGCUGGGCAGUGUGCUGAGUGUGAAGGACUGCCAGAUCCAGAGGCUCAGCCUGGCAGAAAAUCAGAUCAGCAACAAGGGAGCCAAAGCUCUGGCCAGGUCGCUGCUGGUGAACAGGAGCCUGAUGGUGCUGGACCUGAGGAGCAACUCCAUCGGCCCUGCUGGAGCCAAAGGCCUGGCUGAUGCCCUGAAGAAAAAUCAAAUCUUGCUCUCCCUGAACCUCCAGCACAACUCCAUCAAGGAGGACGGGGCCGCCUUCCUGGCCGAGGCGCUGCUGACCAACCACAGGCUGGUGUCCCUGCACCUGCAGAAAAACGCCGUCGGAGCCCAGGGCGCCCGGAAAAUCGCGGAGGCACUGAAGCAGAACUGCAGCCUGAGGGAGCUGAUGCUCUCUGGCAACUCGGUGGGAGAUGGAGGCUCCACUGCCUUGGCCGAAGCUCUGAGGGUGAACCACAGCCUGCAAAGCCUUGACCUCCAGAGCAACUCCAUCAGCAGCGCGGGGGUCACAGCCCUGACAGCGGCUCUCUGCUCCAACAGGGGACUCCUCAGCCUCAACCUGCGGGAGAACUCCAUCAGCACGGAGGGGGGCCCUGCCAUCGCCCGUGCCCUGCGGAGCAACAGCACCCUCAGGAAGCUGGACCUGGCAGCCAACCUGCUGUGYGACGAUGGGGGCAAAGCCAUCGCUUUGGCCAUCGAGGAGAACCAGGCACUCACGUCCCUCCACUUGCAGUGGAACUUCAUCCAAGCCAAAGCAGCCACAGCCCUGGCACAAGCACUACAGUCCAACAGCAGCCUGGCCAGCCUCGACCUGCAGGAGAACGCCAUUGGAGACGAGGGAAUGGCCUCCCUCUCGGCUGCUCUGAAGGUCAACACCACUCUGGUGGAUCUCCACCUGCAGGUGGCUUCAGUUGGCGCAGCCGGUGCCCAGGCCCUGGCAGAAGCCUUGAUGGUCAACCAGAGCCUGCAGAUCCUGGACCUGCGGGGUAACGCCAUCGGUGUGGCAGGAGCCAAGGCCAUGGCCRGUGCACUGAGGGUGAACCGCAGCCUCCGCCACCUCAGCCUGCAGGAAAACUCCCUGGGCAUGGACGGAGCCAUCUGCAUCGCCACGGCCCUCAAGGGCAACCACGGCCUCACCUACAUCAACCUGCAGGGGAAUCGCAUCGGGCAGUCGGGAGCCAAGAUGAUCGCGGACACCAUCCGGACAAACUCGCCCGACUGCGUCGUGGACGUGUGAGGGGCCCGGCUGUGGUGAGGAGGGGCCYGGGGGUCCCUCUGCCAUGGGGACRCUGCAGGGACAUCCCUGGUGUCCGUCUCAGGGGCAGGGAAUGCUCCAGAGCUCCUGGCACAGCCCAGGAGGACCGAGGGUGUCGGAUCAGGAGUGCAGGAGGGUCAAGGCUGGUCAUGUUGAAAGCUGAGGGRUGUGUAUGGCCACAUCCCUGCUCAUCCAGGCCUGGGGAGCUUCAGGGGAAACACAAAAAGGAGGGAGGAGGGGCAGAUCCCAUGUACCAGACCUUGUUUCUGUGGGUGGCUUAGCUGCUGGUGGCAGCUCCUCCUGUGAUCUCCCUGGUGCUCUGUCCCCAAGGCCUGUGGGCUUCCCUGGCAAUCCCAGAUGGACACAGAUGGAGAGAUCUGCUGCUGCCUUGCUCAGGUGGGAGCAGUGCUGGGGACCUGGGCACUUCCAGCAGGCCCUGUGCUGGUGCUGUGGCCUCACACCCAGGCUGUGCUGGCCAGGGACAGCUCAUGUGCUUGGGACUGAUGAGACAGAUAACCCAAGGCAUAGGGAACUAUCCAGAAAGGCCUUGGAAAAUAAAAGUMCUCAGGAAAAUGGGAGUAGGAGGGUGAAUGUAAGAACUGC